AUGGCAGACUCAGACCAUUUGUCCAGUGAAGAGCUCGACGCCCCUGGGACUAUAAACGAGUAUGGUCUUGAAGAUUUAGCUCGUCUGCCUCUUCUCGAGCAAGUACAUCGGUUGUACCAUGCCAUUCAACACAAAUAUCCCUAUAAAGAGACUAAUGCAUGGAAGGCUCUUCCAUUGGACCAAAAAAUGAAAAUGCUGAAUUAUAUUCGUGACAAGCGGCAACGCAAGCUGCAAACCAAUGCAGAAUCCAAACCAGAGACUAGAAGAGAAGAUGACGUGAAAGCUGAAGAAAAGGAGCCUUUACUGGACCCAACCUUGGCCGUCACGUCGGAUCCGUAUCUUAAAAUGCUGCAGCAACGAAGCUUACGUUCAGCAGGUUCAGUGGUGACUAAAGGAGACGAAACGGCUGCUUUACCGAGACACCCGAACAGUGCAUACGUUGCACCGACAGAGGUGCCUUACUAUGCACAAAGGAAACCCAAGCAUAAACCGCGGUGGCAGGUUGCUGAAGGCGAGUUUUUUGAGGAACUUUGCGCAUGUGGAUUGAAGCACGAUACUGGAAAAGUAGGAAAAAAAUCGUCGUUGAUGCUGCACACUAUUAGCUCCAUGAUGAGCACCUUUGGUGACAGCACAAAAUCCUGUGUGGCUACUGUGGAAGAAGUGCAGGCUCUUGUUGGCGAUCACAUGCGGAGGGUGUUAGGCACAGUAGAUUCGGAAGUGAUUGCAGCCUCAUCUUGUCUGAGAACACUUGUUGAAAUUUUCGACGAUGAGGCCAUUUAUUAUGGACGUUGGCGGGAAUUUCGUGGUGAGACAAAGCACGCGGAAAAUGAACUAGAGGAUGUCGAGGAAGAGGAGCUGGCGGAAGAGCUAGAUCUUUUUGCUGUAUCCGAGACUGACGACGUAUUCAAAGAAGCGUUUCUGGAACGAAUACGCUUUGCUGACGAGCGUACGAAAAGGAUGGACUGGUCUAUAUACGACAUGUUUGCAAGAGGUCGCAAACUUAAUUUCAUGAACAACAAGGCGCAGCAGUUUCGUCAAUGGUUGGGUCUAGGAAAGAUCUCACGCGCAUCACUCGAGUUUCUCAAUUUUGUCGCUUACCAUAAUAUUGGCCGAUUAGUGGAGUUGGCAAUCAAAAAUCGAACAGGCGGAGAGCUACGACAACUGGAGACUCCCUUGUUGAAGGAUGACAUCGAGUCUGUGGCACUCUCGUUCCUCCCAGCCCAGCGUCUACCUCAACUCAUCGACCGAACACUCCCCGUAGCUGCUAAAACACGACGGGUUGGCAUUAGUGCUGCCAACAGUAAGAGCGUCCGCGUGGGACCGAAGCCAAGGAUAUCUUCAGAGGCGACACCAUCCUUAUUAACAACAGACGAAUCAAAAGCGGAAGCAAUAGGGACGAGCAAGCCGACCAUCGCUUCUUCAAGAGUCAGGGCCAGACCCACGAGACUCAAAAGGCUGCGGUAG